AUGAUAGAUGAUGUCUCUCUGCGGACGAUCGAUCGCGGCACCUUGCGCCGGCGCAUCAUUGCAGUCCCGGAAGAUGCCACCUUCUUCCCCGACGGCACCUCCUUCCGGACGAACCUCGACCCAUUCGCUGAGACAGCAGACGCCGAGUACCAGGCGGUCCUGGAGCAGGCAGCUGUGGAGCCUGGCCCGGGCCGUUCGCCGCCACGUGCGUGCGAAGCAACAGGCCGCCGAGGUAGGGGAUACACAUUAUGCUUACGCAAAGACGUCGGGGGAUCGCGCCCCUCCUCCUUGCGUGAUGACCCGGGGGUGGCGGCCGUACGGGAUUUGAUCUGGGGCGAGUUCGAAGGGUACACGGUCGUCAUGGUGGGCCACCGGCUAGACCUGGUGUUGGAGUUCGAUAAGGUGUUGGUCAUGGACGCUGGCCGGCUGGUGGAAGAGGGUUCGCCGAGACAGUUGAUUACUGAGGCGAAUGGGUGGUUUUAA